AUGUGCUCGCUCGUGACCCUGGCCGUCGCAGCAGUGGCACUGCGCGCCGGGCCAAUACCUGCUCUUCCGCGGCCCGUAACUUUGGCGGCCGAUGCGCGUGUCAAGCAUGUCGCUGCGGUCGCUCUACACCCGCUGCAGCCAGUGGUGGCCCGGCCAUCUGGCCUGUCCGGCCUGCGCUGUGGCCGCUGUGGCCGUCCCGUGCUGUCAGCGGCGCCCGCAAAGAAGGUCAAGACACCAUGGAAGACCCUCCUCUCCCUGUGCAAGCCCGACGCCGCUCCGCUCGUGACGGCGUUCGUGUGCCUCGCCGUCGCCGCGUCGGGCGACGCUUUGCUGCCUGCCCUGCAGGGCGCAGCGCUCAACGCGGCGCUUGGGCUCGGCACGGACGCCGCGGGCUCUCUCGCUCCGCUGCGGCCCGCCCUCGUCCGCCUCGCCGCGGUCGGGCUUGGCACAGCCGUGUUCACCGGCAUCCGCGGCUUUUGCUUCUGGGCGUUCCACGACGAGCAAGGCCCUGGCGACCUGUCGACGCGCCUCGCCACUGACUGCGUCAAGCUGGGAGACGUGCUCUCGCUCAACGUCAACAUCGUGCUGCGGCAG